AGAGAGAGAGAGAGAGAGAGAGAGAGAGAGAGAGAGAGGGUGAUGGUAAAAGGAGCGCACGCGCUCGCGCCCAGUCACUCGUGUUGGUCUCGCGCACGGUCCUUUAUGACGUCACGUCCAGCGCUCGGUCUUCUGCGGGAUGCGAGCGUCGCGAAGCCCCCUCCAGCCUCUCAGACGCUCGGUAUGAGUCGGAUUACGGUGUCGUGCGGAUGACGGAGUCCCGGUGGACGCGAGCGGACUGAGCUCUCCUCCUGAUCCACGCAGCAGCGUCUUCUCCGCCGGACACGACAUGGACGACUCCGGGAUAAUCAGACGCAGGCGGCUCCAGGAUCUUCCUCUGCCUCGUAAAAACAGCAGUUGCCGCAGUAACCGGAAGAGUUUGAUUCUGACCUCCACCUCCCCGACUCUGCCCCGCCCACAUUCCCCUUUACCAGGACACAUCGGAAGUAGUCCUCUGGACAGCCCUCGAAACUUCUCUCCCAGCACUCCGGCACAUUUCUCCUUUGCUUCCUCAAGAAGGGAUGGGCGUCGAUGGUCGCUGGCGUCUCUUCCGUCUUCUGGCUAUGGAACAAACACUCCCAGCUCAACGUCCUCCAGCUCGUCUCAGGAGCGUCUGCACCAGCUGCCGUAUCAGCCCACCAUGGACGAGCUGCACUUCCUGUCCAAACACUUCGGCAGUACAGAGAGCAUCACUGACGAUGACGGGGGACGCUGUUCACCCCACAUAAGACCCCGCUCGCGCAGCCUGAGUCCGGGUCGCUCUCACUCCUGCUACGACAAUGAGAUCAUCAUGAUGAAUCAUGUUUACAGGGAGCGUUUCCCUAAGGCUACGGCGCAGAUGGAGGGCAGGUUGUGUGAUUUCAUUCACUCAAAUUGUCCCGAGAGCGUUCUGCCACUGGCCGAUGGGGUCCUAAGCUUCAUCCACCACCAGAUCAUCGAGCUGUCCAGAGACUGCCUGACUAAAUCUAAGGAGGGUCUCAUCACGUCCAUCUACUUCUUUGAGCUGCAGGAGAACCUGGAGAAACUUCUGGAUGAUGCUUAUAAGCGGUCGGAGAGUUCAGAGUUGACCUUCGUCACAGAGUUGGUGAAGAAACUCCUCUUCAUCAUCGCUCGGCCUGCUCGACUUUUGGAGUGUUUGGAGUUUAAUCCUGAAGAGUUCUAUCAUCUGCUGGAGGCGGCUGAAGAUCACGCUAAAGAAGGACACCUGAUGAAGACCGACAUCCCGCGAUACAUCAUCAGUCAGCUGGGUCUGACCAGAGAUCCUCUGGAGGAGAUAGUCAGCCGAGAGCAUUAUGACAGCGAGGGGCCGGUCACACCAGAGACAGAUGACUCCGCAGAGGGAAAGAUAAAACCCAUGAAGCCACCUGGAGAGGCAGAUUUCCAGACUAUCAAACUGAUCAGCAAUGGAGCCUAUGGCGCGGUGUAUCUGGUCCGCCAUCUGGAGACACGACAGCGCUUCGCUAUGAAGAAAAUCAACAAACAGAACCUGAUUCUGAGGAACCAGAUCCAGCAGGCGUUUGUUGAGCGAGACAUCCUGACCUUCGCUGAGAACCCCUUCGUGGUCAGCAUGUUCUGCUCCUUUGAGACCAGAAGACACCUGUGUAUGGUGAUAGAGUAUGUGGAAGGAGGCGACUGCGCGACACUGCUUAAGAAUAUCGGAGCAUUGCCUGUGGAAAUGGCACGCAUGUACUUCGCUGAAACCGUCCUGGCUCUCGAAUACAUACAUAACUAUGGAAUCGUGCACCGAGAUCUCAAACCGGACAAUCUGUUGAUCACAUCAAUGGGUCACAUUAAACUCACAGAUUUCGGUUUGUCUAAAAUGGGUCUCAUGAGUCUCACCACAAACCUGUAUGAAGGACACAUUGAGAAGGACACCAGAGAGUUCCUGGAUAAACAGGUGUGCGGCACCCCAGAGUACAUCGCCCCGGAGGUGAUCCUGCGGCAGGGUUACGGCAAGCCGGUGGACUGGUGGGCCAUGGGCAUCAUCCUCUACGAGUUCCUGGUGGGCUGCGUGCCGUUCUUCGGCGACACACCAGAGGAGCUGUUUGGUCAGGUGAUCACAGAUGACAUUGUGUGGCCUGAGGAUGAUGACGCUCUCCCCACUGACGCGCAGCACCUGAUCUCAUCUCUCCUGCAGACCAACCCGCUGCUCAGACUGGGCACAGGUGGAGCAUUCGAGGUGAAGCAGCAUCCGUUCUUCUGUGAUGUGGACUGGAGCAGCUUGCUCCGGCAGAAAGCCGAGUUCAUCCCUCAUCUGGAGUCGGAAGAGGACACCAGCUACUUCGACACGCGAUCAGAGCGAUAUCAUCACGUUCACUCGUACGAUGAAGACGACACCAAUGACGACGAGCCAGUGGAGAUUCACCGCUUCUCCUCCUGCUCGCCGCGCUUCAGCAAGGUGUACAGCAGCAUGGAGCACCUGUCACAGCUGGAGCACAAACCUGUGGUGACCCGUCGAGAGCCCAAAGCUCACAGAGAAGACCGCAGCAAGAGAGAAAGUCUGGGCAGCCUGACCCUCCGAGACAAGAGCUGGAGAACCAGAUCUCCAGAGAUGAAGCGUUUGUCAUGCUCAGAGUUGUCUUUCACUGAAUCAGACUCCAGUCCUCCUGGUGCUCGCCGGCGUUUCUCAGCACUGAUGGACACGCACCGCUUCGCUUCUCCGCUAGAGGGAGACGGUGACGUACACACACGACAAACACCCAUCAAAACCAGGGGCUUAUCACUAGAGGGCGCCAGCGUGCCCGUCUGCUCCGGACUGGUGGAGUCCAGCUCCACGGCAUCAGUGGGACAUCCUGGAGAUAAACUGCUGCGGCCUGCUGACGCCGUGGCUGCCACUCCCGCGGUUCCUCUACACAUGCCAGACCCGUUUGUGCCUCGCGUCGGAAGUGACCUCGUCUUACGAAGAGCGCGACAUCAUCAGAUUCCGACCGAUACCGAGAAACUUAGCGCGACUCGCUCUGGAACCAAAGUCAUAAAGUCAGCCUCUGCCACGGCCCUGUCUGUCAUCAUACCUGCAGUUGAGCAGCAUGGUACGUCACCACAAGCCAGUCCCAUGUCUCCUCGCUCCAUCUCCUCCAAUCCCUCGUCUCGUGACUCGUCUCCGAGUCGUGAUUACUCACCUACUGUCAAUGUCCUGCGCUCACCAAUCACCAUCCAUCGCUCUGGAAAGAAGUAUGGCUUCACCUUACGCGCCAUCAGAGUCUACAUGGGUGACAGUAACAUCUACAGCGUACAGCACAUGGUCUGGAAUGUUGAGUGUGGCGGGCCAGCCCAGGAGGCGGGGCUUUGUGCUGGCGACCUCAUCACCCAUGUGAACGGGGAGUCUGUGCACGGAUUGGUGCACACAGAGGUGGUGGAGCUCAUUCUGAAGAGUGACAGCAAAGUAACAGUGACGACCACUCCAUUCGAAAACACGUCCAUAAAGGUCGGACCAGCAAGGAAGCUUAGCUACAAAGCCAAGAUGGCCAGACGCAACAAGAAGUCAGCCACAAAAGAUGGACAAGAGAGUAAGAAGCGCAGCUCUCUCUUUCGUAAGAUCACGAAACAGUCCAACCUGCUUCACACUAGUCGUAGUCUGUCCUCUCUGAAUCGCUCUCUUUCGUCUGGAGACAGUCUGCCUGGAUCGCCCACUCACAACCUGUCUGCUCGCUCGCCCACGCAGACGUACCGCUCUCCUCCAGACUCCGCCUACCUAGGCACCUCAUCUCAGAGCAGCUCACCGGCGUCCAGCACACCAAACUCGCCUGCAACAUCUCAGCACAUGCGGCCGAGCUCUCUUUACGGCCUAUCGCCCAAACUCCACCGCCAAUACCGUUCUGCUCGCUGCAAAUCCGCUGGCAACAUUCCUCUGUCUCCGCUGGCCCACACGCCAUCCCCUACUUCAUCUUCUCCACCUCCCAUUGCUGGACACACUGUCGGCAGCUCUAACACUACCCAGGCCUUCCCUGCCAAGCUCCACGCCUCUCCUCCAAUCACACGCCCUCGCCCCAAGAGUGCAGAACCACCCCGUUCACCUCUCCUCCAAAGGGUGCAGUCAGCCGAGAAGCUUGGCCCACCCCCUCCACCUUCAUUUCCAUCCUCCACAUCUUCUGUUGGCUCGGACAGAAAAGGAGGGCUUUGCGUGUCCAUGAGGAAGCAUGGCUUGGAGGUUGUGCAUGCCGAUUACCGCCGGGAGUCGUUCCACUGUGAACAUGCCCUCCAGAGCCUGAUGGAGAUCGAGGGUGAGAAUACACCUGCGGCUCCGCCCUCUCCACCCGACCAGAAGCCAAUACACACACCCACUCAGCUCACAAUGAGUCCAUUAAGGCAACUCGGGAGACAAGACUCGAUAGCAGGAAGAGAGACCGAAGGGACAGUGAGGCAGCAUGACUCAAGUGAAGCCGUUUUAAGGACUGUGUCAAAAAACUUUUCAGCAGCAACCACUUUGGAUCCUAAAUCCUCAACCCAGUUUGGUGAGCCAACUCAGGAGGAGAAAGUAGCCUCCAAAUCUGAGUCUUCUCAAGUCAUCUUGACAGGGAAGGAGGCAGCCAAGGAUGUGGGAAAGGGUGAAUCACUUUAUGCAAUGGGAUCUGGUCCCAAGGUUCCAGAACGAACGCCGGUUGUCCAGAGCUAUGGAUCACAGGAACUCAAACCCCAUAGCCUUCAAACCGAUGGUCUUAAAGGGCUGGAAAAUGGCAAAGACAUGGGAAAGAUUCCAGUGAAGGAGAAAAAUGCACAGACAAUGGCUCCAGAGGCAAGCAAGUCAGGCAAAGGACCUCUGACCAUUGAGGGGACUGGAGCUAGUUCUGCUGGUGUAAUGAAAGUCUCAGCAGCAUUUCCUGCCCAGUCCAAAUCUAUUGAAGAACGCGUUCAAACCCCAUCAGGGUCAUCCAGAGUCCCUCAAGAGGAAAGAUGUCGUCUGGAAGUGGCUGAAGAGUCCCCAGCCUCUCCGUCUCCAACCGCCAGGUCACCUUGCACAAGCAAAUCACGUGCCGUAUCUCCUGGUGACAGGUCCAGCUUUGUGACGCAGCUCACCAGUGUGGCUAAAACCGUUCUUGGGCCGAUGAAGUUGGGCUCUCAGGAUGGCGGGAAGACCAAGGAUAGCUCCAAAACCAAUGAGGACAAACGAGCAGCAACGUUGGGAAAGUCAGAGGCCUCGUCUGGGAGUCGCCGCGGGUUGACGGGAACAUGGCCCGGUCCUGGAUCAUCAAAGGCUGAAAAGGCAUCGAAGAGCUCUUCCAAGCAUCCGUAAUAUUCUUAACAGAUAUGUUCUGUUCGGAACUUUAAAUGGAAUGCAUUCCCUGUAAUUGUCCAAAUGCAGACUACUCAAAAGACUCUACAGCCAUCAAACCAAGAUAUAAACGGAAAAAAAAAACGUAAACAAGUAAAGGUGCUUCAAAAUGACUGUUGUCAAAUAUGUUUGUUUGUGCAUAUGCCAGUAUAAACCAGUAUGUCUCUCUAGAUGCAUGUUACAUGUAUAUUGUGAAUAGAAGAGUAAAAAAAAAAUAAGAUG